AUGUUUGCAAAACUAAAGAAGAAAAUUGCAGAAGAGACUGCAGUUGCUCAGAGACCAGGAGGUUCUACUAGGAUCCCACGAUCAGUGAGCAAGGAAUCUGUUACAUCGAUGGGAGCUGACUCAGGAGAUGACUUUGUAAACUAUGCUGAACAAGUCCGAAACCAUCAGAAGAUAAAAGAGAAGCUCGAAAUUGCAUUAGAAAAACAUCAGGAUUCUUCCAUGCGGAAAUUUCAAGAGCAGAAUGAGACAUUCCAAGCCAACAGAGCCAAAAUGGCAGAAGGACUGGCUAUUGCAUUAGCCAGAAAGGACCAGGAAUGGUCAGAAAAAGUGGAUCAGCUUGAAAAGGAAAAAAGGUUUCUGACAGCUCAGCUACAGGAAAUGCAGAACCAGAGCCUGAAUCUUUUCCAGAAGAGAGAUGAAUUGGAUGAAUUAGAGGGGUUCCAGCAGCAGGAACUGAGUAAAGUAAAGCACAUGCUUUUAAAAAAAGAAGAAAGUCUGGGGAAACUAGAGCAAGAGUUGGAGGCACGAACCAGAGAACUUAGUCACACCCAGGAGGAAUUGAUGAUUUCUAAUCAGAUGUCUUCAGAGUUAAGCCAGAAGUUAGAAGAAUUGCAGAGACACUACUCAACGCUGGAAGAACAGAGAGAUCAUGUGACAGCUUCAAAAACAGGUGCAGAAAAUAAGAUCGCAGCCCUGGAGCUAAAAGAACAAGAGCUUCAAACUUCUAUUCAGCAGCUUUCCAUUAACUUGCAAAAGGUCACUGCUGAAGCUGAACACAAAGAAAAACUUAUCACACACUUACAGGAGAAGGUCGCAUCCUUAGAGAAAAUACUGGAACAGAACUUAUCAGGGGAAGAACAUGUGCAAGAACUUCUGAAAGAGAAAACAGUUGCUGAGCAGAAUUUGGAGGAUACCAGACAGCAGCUGUUGGCAGCCAGGAACAUGCAGGCCACGACUGUUGGCAUCCUGGAGACUCAGGUGAAGGAACUAGAGCAGAGCUUGCAGGCUUCUGAGGAAAAGUUAAAGCAGACCAGGGAAGUCGUGGCAUCCCAGGAGGCUCAGCUCCAGGCCCUUUCCAGGGCAAACGAGGAGAGCAGAUGUACACAGCAGCAGGCUCUCAGUGCCCAACAGCAAUUCACAGAGCAUGUCCAUGCCCUGGAGGCCCAGGUUGCUGCCCUGGAGAGAGCACGGGCUGCGGAGGAGACAGCCACAAAGCAUGAGAUGAGAGAACUAGAGAAAGCAAAUACAGCCCUUAAAGAAAGUAAGAAUGAAUAUGAAUGUUCUUUACAACUUCACCAACUUGAACUAAAGAAGCUAAAGGAAGAGUGUGGCCAAAGAGAAGUUGUGAGUGUGGCGAUGGCUCAAGCCCUGGAGGAGAUGCGGAAACAAAAGGAAGAGUUCCAACAACAGGUUGCUAACCUCACAGCAUUAAAGGAUGAGAAUGAGCAGAGUCUGCAGGAAAAAAUUGAAGUGAUUCUCCAGAAAGAGGAAGAGAUUCUCCAGCUAAAGAAAGGUCAUGACUCUGCCCUGCUGCAGAUACGCCAGCUGCAGAGUGAGCUGGAGGCCCCAAGGAGUGUGAGGGCAGAGGAGCCUGGGGCAGCCACUGCCCUGGAGGACCCACAGAGGCUGCCAGGCCAGGAGCCAGGGCUGGCUCCCUCAGUCAAUGAGACUCACGUAAACUUGAAGGCAGUGAAGGACCCUGUGUACCAGCUUUCAGCUGCAGAGGGAACACCAAAUGGUGAGAUCGGGACCAUGGCUCUAGGGCAGCUACAGAAGGAAAAACAGGACUUGGAGCAGCACCUUGUAGAGAAAAACAAGGUCAUAAAGCAGAUGCAGCAGAGGAUGCUAGAACUUAAAAAGACUCUGCAGAAAGAACUGAAAAUCAGACCUGAUAAUGAGCUUUUUGAAACCCGGGAGAAGCCUGGCCCCGAGGUGGCAAACUUGGCUCCAUCUGUCACAAAUAAUGCUGACCUGACUGAUGCUCGGGAGAUCAACUUUGAGUACCUGAAACACGUUGUUCUAAAAUUCAUGUCCUGUCGAGAAUCCGAGGCUUUUCACCUUAUAAAAGCCGUGUCAGUGUUGCUAAACUUUUCUCAAGAAGAAGAGAACAUGCUCAAAGAAACACUGGAGUAUAAGAUGUCGUGGUUUGGAUCCAAACCAGCUCCCAAGGGCAGCAUCCGGCCAUCUAUCUCAAACCCUCGGAUACAGUGGUCCUAG